GCAAACACUGAAGAAUUAUUACAGUUUUCAUAGUACAACCGGGAAGACUUUUUAUUUUAUUAUUUUAUUCCUCCCACUACUCCCACCUAUUUCCACUCACACGUUACUUUUGUCUUCCACCCAUCCACCACCUAUCUCCACUUUACAACACUAAAAAUUAGCUAAAUUCCCAUCCACCACCUACUCCCACCCUGUACUUACUCUCUUUCCAGCUUUAAACCAUGAUGGAAAGCAAAUAUUGUAGUCAUGUUUCCACUCUUCUCCUACGCCAAUAAUUCACAAGUCACCAACCUCAACAUAUACUCCUUCAAAGAGUUCAAGUUUAGCCAAGAACAACAGGAAGCACUAACAACAGCCAAGUUCCCUUAUCUUAUUUUACUCACUCCUCUAGUUCCAACAAACUCAAAGAAAUCAAAGUGCAGAGCACAACCAUAUUGCGAAUGGAUCAAACUGCCACAAAACUCAGAUUUCAGCAACUCAAACCAGAGGCUUUGUGGACCAAGGGGAUUAGCACUGCUUCCCAAGACAGGUUAUGUGAUUAUGAUCUUCAGGCUUUGCCUAUCCAGGUUGAGCAGUUGAUGGAAUGGAAUGAUGUUGAGCGGGUGUUCCUUUGACAUUUCAAGAAAUGUAACCUUGAGUAUACAUCUUCAUAUGUAUAUCUCACACGUUUUCCGCUGCAAAACACUUUGAUUAGGAUAACUUUAUGUUAUGAAAUUGUGACACGUGUUAUUGGGUAACCCACCUUAAUCAGUUCUCAUUUAUGUGUAUGUUUUAUAAGUAUCCAAAUAAUCAUAUAUGAUCCUAGCAUUUUAUCUAUGAGUGACAUUUCCAUAUACUUUAAUGUUAA